GUUCGUGCGCCAGAAGUACAUGGGGCUGUCGCUGCAGAGCUUCUGCAAGACCACGGCCCGCUACCUGCACGAGCUCUCCGGGAAACCCCCCGAGAGCCACCCCCAGGACGAGGUGCCCGACACCCCCGUGGCUGCAGAUGCCCCCGUGCACCCCCCCUUUGCUGAGCAACACCCCUACGAGACGUGGGACCCCCAGAAGAUGCCGGAGGACCUGGGCUACGGGCUCAGGAUGGUGGACGGGGUCGUGCACGUCUACACCAGCCAGGACCCCACUGACAAGAGCACGGAGCUGGACCUGCCCUACCCCGACCUGCAGGAGUUCAUCGCAGACAUGAACUUCCUGAUGGCCCUGAUCAUCAACGGGCCCAUCAAAUCCUUCUGCUACCGGCGGCUGCAGUACCUGAGCAGCAAGUUCCAGAUGCACGUGCUGCUCAACGAGAUGAAGGAGCUGGCGGCGCAGAAGAAGGUCCCGCACCGCGACUUCUACAACAUCCGCAAGGUGGACACCCACAUCCACGCCUCGUCCUGCAUGAACCAGAAGCACCUGCUGCGCUUCAUCAAGAGGGCCAUGAAGAAGCACCUGGACGAGAUCGUGCACGUGGAGAAGGGCAAGGAGCAGACGCUCAAGGAGGUGUUUGAGACCAUGAACCUCACGGCCUACGACCUCAGCGUGGACACCCUGGACGUCCACGCGGACCGCAACACCUUCCACCGCUUCGACAAGUUCAACGCCAAGUACAACCCGAUCGGGGAGUCCAUCCUGCGCGAGAUCUUCAUCAAGACCGACAACCGCGUGGACGGGAAGUACUUCGCCCACAUCAUCAAG